AUGUCCCAGCAGACAAACAGGCAAGAUGCACCAAUUGGGAGCCAACUAUGUUCUGGAACUGUAUUCCUCAGAAUACUAGUCAAAAUCAUUUUUUCUUUUCUCUCCCUCCUUCUCUCCCUCUCCAUCCCCCCUCUCUCUCUCCCCAUCUCCAUUCCCCUCUCCUGCACCCCUCCAUCCCCCUCUCUCCAUCUCUCAUUUUGCACUCUCAUUUAUGAUUCUCUAAACCUCUGUUAUCUCUCUCUCUUAUCUCUCUCCCGACUUUUGUUCAAUAUUUGUUUUCUCCCUCUCUCCCUUCAUCCCUGUUUUCUGUGUGUGUGUGUGUCUCUCCAAGCUGUUUUGUGUUUCCCUCUUUCUCACUUUCUCUCUUCACCCUCAUUUUGUAUGUGUGUCUCUCUCUCUCUCUCCCUAUGCCCUUGUUUUGUUUGUGUGUGUCGCUCUCUCCUCCCCUCUGCCCCUCUUUCAGUAUCUUUUGCUCAGUAUUUUCUCUCUCUUCUCUCUCAAGAUUUCUACAUUCUACACUUCUCCAAUCUCAAAUUUUGUUGCUCUCCAUCCUUCUCUCUCUCUCUCUCCCUCUUUUAUUUACUUUAUUGCUCUCUUCACUCUCAUUUCAUGUCUCUCUUUUUCUUCCUUUAA